AUGACAGUGAGGUUGUACACGCUGUUGCAAAGUACCGUAUCGGGAAAGAACCGAGGGAAAUAUUUUUCUUCAAAGAAGGUAGUGUGGCAAUUCGAACAAGACAGUUACUCGGAGAGGCUGGUUCAAACGGAGAGUGAAAUUAUGAGUUAUAAAUAUCAUACAUUGCCCGAUAUACCCACAUGUUUGGAGAAAGACGGAGAUUUUGUUCUUGCAACUGAAAAGAAUUUAUCAUUAGACAAAUACACUUUGUCCAAUGCGAUGGUACUGUCCGUCAAAUUAGGCAUAUGGGAGUCGUCUUUAGAAAAAUACAUAGACGAAAUAGAGUUUGUUACGGAAGACUUAAAAAGGGGGAAGAAAAUCAGAAUGACGAGGGAAGAAGUUCUUCGGAAACACGGAGAAUUAUUCGCUCUACGCCACUAUUUGAACUUGAGCUCUGACGUUUUGGACACUCCCGAUUUUUAUUGGGAAAACGAACAGUUAGAAAACCUAUACAACCAAGUCUGCGUGUAUUUUUGCAUAGCUAAACGCACCAAGGUCAUGAACGAGAAGAUCAGCCACUGCGUCGCCCUGAUAGAGCUCCUUUCGACGCAUCUCAGCGACAAGCACCAUAUAAGGCUGGAGGAAAUGAUUCGGAAAUUCCUUUCCCGCGACUCACGCAUUUUAGUCGCUGAGAGCCGCCGACGGCUAACCACCGCUUCGCGCAAAACACCCAAUGUGCCUUUUCUAGUACCAACACCAACUUCACGACCACAGUUUUUCAAAAUGGGCUGCAGCAGCUCCAAAGUCGAGAUCUCGAAAGCUACCGAUGUGGCAAAGGAGAACCCCGAUGACUUCGUUGAGGGGGUGGUGUGCCAGGUGUCGGACCUCAAGGAGAACGAACUGAAAGCUUUCGAGUUGGACGAGGGGAAAGUGUUAGUGAUCAAGCAGAACGGGAAGAUCAAUGCUAUAGGAGCAAAAUGCACCCACUACGGUGCUCCGCUAGUCAACGGCGCUGUGGGAGACGGACGGGUCAGGUGUCAGUGGCACGGGGCGUGUUUCAGCUUCGCCACAGGAGACAUCGAAGACUUUCCCGGUUUGGACUCUUUACCUUGCUACAAGGUCACCAUCGAAGAUAACAACGUCAAGGUACGCGCCAGGAAAACGGAAUUGGAAACUAACAAACGUGUCAAGCCGAUGGUGAAGAGGAACAGGAAGGAGGGGCAAAGCAUCGUGGUUGUUGGAGGUGGCCCGGCCGGCGCUACUUGCGUCGAGGCGCUGCGGCAGGAGGGAUAUACGGGUCGGCUUACGCUCGUUUGCAAGGAGAACUGUCUGCCUUACGACAGGGUGAAAGUGAGCAAGGCUAUGGACUUUGAAAUCGAAAAGGCGGAAUUCAGAACAGCCAAAUUCUACGAGGACCAUGACAUAGAGGUGCUCAAGGGCAUCGAGGCGACAGGCCUGGAUACUACGGAGAAGACCGUAUCGCUCAGCAACGGCAACAAACUGGAAUACGACAAGGUGUUCAUAGCAACGGGUUGCAGGGCGAGAAAAGUCGACAUUCCCGGCGCCGACCUUCAGAACGUUGUGGUGCUCAGAGAUUACGCACAUUCAAAAUACACCAACGCGCAGCUCCGCGACGACAAAGAGGUGGUCGUCCUGGGCUCCAGCUACAUCGCCUUGGAGGCGGCCAACUACUGCGUAAACAAAGUGAAGAAGGUGACGGUCGUGCUGAGAAGCGACGUGCCCUUCAAGCCUCUGCUGGGAUCCAGGAUCGGGGCUGCCUUCAUGAAGCUGUUCAAGGACAAGGGGGUGCACUUCAUCACGGGGAACAAUUUGACCAGGGUGAACGAGGACGGGCACGGGAACGUGGUCAGCGUGGAGUUGAAGGACGGUUCAACCCUCAAGGCGGACCUGGUCAUAAUGGGCGUAGGGAGCACCUACUUCACGGACUUCGUGAAAGGCUCGGGCGUCGAGAUGAUGGACGACGGCACCAUAGAGACGAACGAGUACCUCCAGACCAACGUCCCCGAGGUCUACGUCGGGGGAGACAUCGCCUACGCCCCGGUAUGGUCGCACCACAACAAAAAGUCCGCCAUCGGGCAUUACCCCCUCGCCCACUACCACGGGAAGGUGGCCGCCUUGAACAUGCUCGGCAAGCAGAGGAAGCUCGAGGCGGUCCCGUAUUUCUGGACCAUGCUGUUCGGCAAGGGCGUACGGUACGCUGGCCACGGCGAGUACGACGACAUAAUCUACGCCGGUAACCCCGAAGAGUUGAAAUUCUCCGCUUUCUACUUGAAAGACGACGCGGUGGUGGCCGUGAGUUCCUGCGCCAUGGACCCCGUCGUUUCCCAGUUCGCCGAGCUGCUGGCCCAGGGCAAGACACUGACGCGGAACGACAUCAAAGACGAUCCCCUAGCUUGGACCAAGGACUACUGAAGAGGCUAUUUAGUUUUAUUUUAAGCCGCGACUUGCCUCCCGGUACCGAGACCCGAUUUAGUCCCGUGAAAAACAAUGACGUAAUGCGUGGAAACGAGAAUAUGGUAAAAGUACUGUUUAUUUUAUCCCUUGAUUUUGAAUUUUCGAGAAACGACCCGACCUGACUUACUCGUAUGUAGAUAGAUACGUUUUUAUAUAAAGUUAGGUUAUGUCAGUCGGAAGUUUUUUUUUAUAUGAAGUCUUGUUCUUUUGGUACGUUAAAUUAAUUAAAAUAAGUCAUUGGCCAAACAGACAUAGGCGUUAAAUGGAUGUAAAUGUUUUGAUUUAUUUUUAUCAGAUAUCGUUUUUAAUCUUACCCUUAGAAAUAAAUUUGCGGAGCUUAGUAACCUUAUUUCAGAAGAUCAAACUAGACAGGGGCAAAAUGGAGUAAUAAUAAUUCAUUAAUUAACUAUAAUUUUCCUUAAAAUUUCAAAAAAUUAGUUUCUCAAGAAUUUUUAGAACUAAUUUUUUUUCCCUUUUUUUUAUAGUGUUACAAAUAGUGACGAUUUUAAUGUUGUGUGAAACGUACAAGUUACAAUUUUGAGUACUUUUUUUACUUCAAAACUAAAUUCGGUCGCACCAAAUUAAGUUCAAAAUUCUUGUUAAAUACAUUCAAAAAUAGGUUUUUCUCAAAAACUAAAUCCGACAGAACGAUAAUAAUUUCACAUUCGUGUUCAUCACAAUAGAAAAAUGUUUUCUUUAAUUUCCACCACAAAUAUCGUUUUUAAUCUGUUACCCCAAAAAAUAAAUUUACGGUACUUAGUAACCUUGCUUGGAAAGGGGAAGAAGGGGACAGAAAGCGGGGCGAAGGAGAGAGAGGUAGAGAGAUGAAAUGGAAUAAUAAUAAACCAUUACAUAAACAUAAUUUUCCUUAAAAUUUCAAAAAAUACAUUUUCCAAAUUAUUAGAUCUCCAAUUACGUUUUUUUUAAGGUAUAAAUCACACAGUUUUACAAAUACUGAUGAUUCGAGUGUUGUGUACUUUUUUUUUCCUUCAAAAGUAGAUUCGACUGCAGCAAAUUAAGUUUGGAUUUGUGUUCAGCCCCUUCAAAAAUAGGUUUUUCUCUCAAAAACUGAAUUGGACGGCACAAUAAUAACUUCACAUUCUUGUUCAUCACAAUAGAAAAAUGUUUUCUUUAAUUUUCACCACAAAUAUAGUUUUUAAUCUGCAAUCCCAAGAAAUAAAUUUACGGUACUUAGUAACCUUGCUUGAGAAGGGGACAGAAGGUGGGCCGAAGGAGAGAGAGAGAGGUAGAGAGAGAUGAAAUGGAGUAAUAAUAAAACAUUAGAUAAAUAUAAUCUUCCCUAAAAUUAAAAAAAAUAUAUGUUUUCCCAAGAAUUAUUAGAUCUCUAGUUACGUUUUUUUUUAAGAUAUAAAGUAUUACAAAUAGUGAUGAUUCGAAUGUUGUGUGAAACUUACAGGUUACAAUUCUCAGUACCUUUUUUUUCCUUCAAAAGUAGAUUCAAUAGCACAAAAAUUAAAUUUAGAUUCAUGUUCAGCACCUUCAGAAAUAGGUAUUUUUCUCAAAAACUAAAUCCGACUGCACAAUAAUAAAUUCACAUUCGCGCUCAGCACAAUAAAAAAAUGUUUUCUUUGAUUUUCAUCACGAAUAUCGUUUUUAAUCUGCAACCCCUAGAAAUAAAUUUACGGCACUUAGUAACCUUGCUUGAAUAGGGGUAGAGGGGGUUGGAAGGCUGGGGGAAGGAGAGAGAUGUAGAGUGAGAUGAAAUGGAGUAAUAAUAAAACAUUAGAUAAAUAUAAUCUUCCUUAAAAUUUCAAAAAAAUAUGUUUCCCAGGAAUUAUUAGAUCUCUAAUUACUUUUUUUUUAAGAUAUAAAGUGUUACAAAUAGUGAUGAUUCGAGUGUUGAGUGAAACUUACAGGUUACAAUUCUCAGUAUUUCUCUCAAAAAUUAGAUCCGAUGAUACAAUUAGCAUUCAGCCCCCUGGAACAAAGUUUUGAUUAAUUUUUCCCACAAAUAUCAUUUCUAAUGUGCUACCCCUCGAAAUAAAUUUACGGUAUUUAGUGGCCUCGUGUCAAAGAAUGAAAGACGAGAGAGAAUUUGAUUGCCACGAGUUAUUGGAUCUCUGAUUAGAUUUAAUUUUAAGUGAUACAUGUAAACUGUACGAUAUUGUAAAUAGUGAUGGUACGAGUGCUGUGUGAAGAGUAUAGGCUACAAUUUUGAGUACUUUUCCUCGAAAAUUAAAUUUGACCGCACAGAAAUAUCUUCAGAUUCGUGUUCAGUGCCCUCUAAAAUUGUUUUGAUUUAUUUUUACCACAGUUAUCAUUUUAAAUCUGCCACCUCUAGAAAUAAUUUUACGGUACUUAGUGGCCUUAUUUCAGAAGAUUAAAAGUCAAGAAAGGGGGGACAAUUUUAAGCACUUUUUUCCUCGAAAACUAAAUUCGACCGCACAAAAAUAAUUUCAAAUUAGUGUUCACCACCAUCAGGAAUAGGGAAUUUUACCAAAUUUUUUACAAUUUUGAAAAUUUUCCGUUGUACCAAUUAUAAUUUAUUUUUCAUGGGAUUAUUUCGCCUUUCGGUACCGAGAGGCAAGAGCUGGUAUUUUAUUAUGAAGAAGGAACCGGUUUCCGUUCUUGCAUUUGUUGUUCUCUUUAAGAUGUAUGUAUAGAUUUAUUUUUAUAUUUAAUGUAUUCUAUACGCUGUUCGGGUUUCGUUUUGGACGAACGGAUCCGCAGCGCACGUUGUGAGAAAAAAAUGGUGCUUGUACGUCUUUUUUUAUGUCAAAUAAUAAACUUCUACAA